AUCUAACACCAUUUCCCAACUCAUAUGGAAACGGGGUUUGUAUAUUUUCUGAGGAGAUACAAUAACAUGCUUGCUGAAAUGUGAGGUGAGAUACACGAUACGCCACAAUAUGGAGCCUUGGCAGAGGUCUGCGCUUUAUAAUCAGUGCCAUUCUGCGGUUUGCACAAAUAAAAGGGGGUGGGGCGCUCUCAUGUUUCUAUGGGUGCACACCCUUUUCUUUUCCAGACUUUCCUCCCAGUGAGUGUGAGCAGGACGGACGCGGUGGAAGUCCCAGCGUGAAGGCCUCGUCAACACAAAACGGAGGCAAAACAAACAGAGGUGAGCGAGGGAGCAGCCUGUUGCCAUGGCGACACAUUCCUCUCGCUCCGGGGCGGGCGGCCUGGCGCGGAGUCAGGAGAUGAAGAAACCUGCCCAGCUGUGGUCGGCGGGAGGAGGGAAAAAGUGGGCGUGGACAUCAGAGAGAGAGAGAGAGAGAGAGAAGUGGAGGUGGCUCAGCAGCAGUGGCGAUGGGCGGGGCCAACUGGCAGGAAGUGUGAGCGUGAGGACUUCCAAGUCACAAUCCAGGAGGACGCUGCUCGGCAUGGACGUGAGCGCCGCCAUGGACAAGAUGUCCGUGCAGUCGGGUGCAGGAGCUCCGGCCGUGUGCCUGCUUUGUAAGGAAGGCUGCCCCGGUUUGAAGCCUCAUUCCUGGAGGAAAGCCUGCGUCACGUGCGGCUGCAGCACGGUGGACCACGCCCCCGGGGGCCACCUUGACGACGACCAGCGGAUGGGGCGCCUGCUCGCCAACUCGCCCUCCGCCCACCUGACGGCGAAGGUCAAAGGGGGCGGCGGCCUCCGCCUGUACAAGAGGAACCGCAUGAUCGUGACCGACCCCGUGGUGUCGCGCAAAGACCCCACCUUCAACACCACCACCUACGACUGGGCGCCGCCUGGCCUUACCCAGAAACUGGCCAAGCAGUACAUGGAUCUGACGCCAAAGAGCCAGCAUCCGGUCUCUGGAACCGUAGGGGCGUCGGAGCGUCGCAGGCAGCUCCUGAGCCAGCUCCCUUCCUACGACCACGACCCCAUGAAGUGCCAGAGCCUGGCCGGUGACGAGGAGAUCUCCGCCAUGCUGCUGUUUGUGAAGCACUACAAAAAGGAGGUGCUGGGGGUCGGGGAGGUGGCGCUACCUGCUGAAGGCGGAGCUCUGGAGGAGGCGGCCAUCCAGAGGUCCGCCAAGGAAGCCAAAGAGCGUAACCACGGCGACAAGGACGCAGUGGCGCAUCCGUCUCACAGCUCCAAAGAGAACAGCGCCGCCCCUGCUGAUGGACCCGCCAACGGCACGGACAACAGCGCCAAGACUCAAUACCGCUGCACCGGUUGCCGAGGCGAGGUGGCCGCAGAGAGCCCGGCCGUUUUUGCCGAGCGCGCGGGUUACCACGACAACCUGUGGCAUCCCACCUGCUUCGCGUGUUCCGAGUGCGGACGGGGACUGGCGGACUUGGUCUACUUCUGGGCCGAUCAGAGGCUGCUUUGCGGGCGACACUACUGUCAGAGCGUCUGGCCACGCUGCUGCGGCUGUGACGAGCUGAUCUUCUGCAAGUCUUUCCGCACGGCACAAGAUGGAAGGACCUGGCACGCCGACCAUGACCGCUGCUGGAGGUGCGGUCAAAGCUGGGACACACCCUGCCAACACUGACUCAUCCUCUGUGUGGGUUAGCGUGACAUAUUGAUGAUAAUAAUAAUAACCAAUGGCACCUUUUGAAGUGUGCGCCCGCCAGGAUAGCGAGUAGUGUUGCCAGGAGUGACGGCUGUUUAAAAGACACUCGGCAGUGAAGUGCUGCUCCAUAAGUGCUAACGACAUGUUUGCAGGACCACUCAGAGUCCAAACUACUUUAAGGACCGGCUGAUUUAUGGCCUCUUCAGCGGCCAACGGUGACGUGAUCCAGAUGUGCUGCUAGCGCGGCGAGGGGAUGAAACGUCACAUGUCGUGUCAGAGCAGACUCUUGUUAAAGCAGAGAUGAUUUAAACCUCCGAAAAACUGGACGGAAUUUGACGAAAAGUACUUUCAACUCUGGGUGCUUGUUAGCUUCUUUCUGCUAAUCCUCUCCGCUCUUUCUUUGCACAAGUCGGAGUCCCAAGAAAAAUGACCCGCUGGAGUUUGCCCUAAGCUGCGUCAAAUACCUUAUUUACUCCAACAUGACCCAGUUAACCACUGGAACGCAUGCCAGCUCGUGGCGUGCUUUUAGCUCAUUGGCUAGCGGUCUCAACUUUCUAAUCAGGGGAUACAGGAUGCAGGGGUCGGACCAGGCAGGUUACUUUGGUGCCG